AUGGCUACAUCAAGUGUUAAUUCACUUGUACGAGAAGUUAUUGUUAAGCCAGAAUUUUUAGAUUCAUUAUCAUUAUCUCUAUCUGAUAUUGAAAUGACAGAUGUUGAUAAAACUCCAUCGAACGAUACAGAAAGUAGUAAUGGCUUUGAUGAAGAUGAUUUUAUGAAGAAAAAACAACAUUUACCAACAGACGAUGAAAAUGAUAAAUUAGAUGAAACUGAUCCACGUAAUAUAUGGCGAAAAAGACGAAAACUAUCAAAUAAUAAUCAAAUAAAAACUACAACUGAACCACAUGAUCAUCAACUACCGAUUGUUAUACCAGUACAUCAUGAUUAUCUAAUGGAUAUGUCAAAUAUGUUAGUUAUUUUUAAAAAAAUAAAUAAUCAAAAUCCAACAUCACCGAUUCAUUCAUUAACAAAUCAACAUACAGACCAUCAAUCUCAAUCAACAACAAUUACUUAA